AUGCAAAGAACUCGGAGCGUAUUCAAAUGUCCUCUAUUUGGUGAUGUUUGUGAGAUGAAAGAGAACGUUCUACCUACUUACGAAGAUGUAAUGAAGUACUAUGAGUGGACGAGACAUCAACUGAAAUUACAAUUAGAAACUGCAAAAGAACCAAUUUUUGGUGAGAUAGCAGAUAUAGUAACGUCGAGGGUUGAAAAGAUAUGGCAAACUGCAUCUAUUCCAACAGUGACUCGAACAAGGAUUGUUCAAAUGUUGAAAGCAUAUCAUUUAAAGUGCAAAAAUCUACUGAAGUCUAUCAAGAGGCUCUCCCCGGACAAGUUGAAUAGUUUUCAGCAAAGCAGUAAGAUACUUUUUGAUAUUUCAGCAUGCAAGUGCAAAGAAUUCGCUCAAUGUAUCUGUCCUAAAGAUAAAAAGGUUCCUAAACUAGAGCAACCUUUUUUGACCGAUCAAAGAACGACUCGGGUAAUGGUAAUCUGCGGAAUCGACGUUACUGCUACAAAAAAGUUGCAAAAGACUCUAAAAAGGAAACAUGAACGGGAGAAUCGCCAAAACACUUCAACGUUAGCUGAUCUAAAUGUUAGUACUUCUUCAGCGACAUCAUCAGAGUCAGAAAAGCAAGAAUCUUCCAUGAUCAUAAACGUCAUUGAAAAGAAAAUAAAAAAAUCGACGCUAAAUUUUCCCACGUUAUCGAAGAUAUGUGAUAGGUAUGGAGUGUCUGAUAGAGCAGCAGCAGCAAUAGCAUCGUCUGUUUUGUUCGAUAUUGGGUCUGAUGUUGAGAUCGUCAUACUUGCUCUUGGCUUUAUACUUUGA